GGCCGCCUUCCUCUCCGCUGCUCCGAGCAAACGGUACACAGGGUACAGCCUGGCACCUGCGGCUGUGGGAGCCCAGGUCUCUUCCACACUCAUUGGGGCUCCUGCCACUGCUGGGAGUGACUGACUGAGGCUGCAGAGAUGGCCGGGGCCUCUGUGAAGGUGGCGGUGCGUGUCCGCCCCUUCAACUCCCGGGAGAUGAGCCGUGACUCCAAGUGUAUCAUCCAGAUGUCGGGAAGCACCACCACCAUCAUCAACCCCAAACAGCCCAAGGAGACACCGAAGAGCUUCAGCUUCGACUAUUCCUACUGGUCACACACCUCGCCCGAGGACAUCAACUACGCCUCACAGAAGCAGGUGUACCGCGACAUUGGCGAGGAGAUGCUGCAGCACGCUUUCGAGGGCUACAAUGUGUGCAUUUUCGCCUACGGGCAGACGGGUGCCGGCAAAUCCUACACCAUGAUGGGCAAGCAGGAGAAGGACCAGCAGGGCAUCAUCCCCCAGCUCUGUGAAGACCUCUUCUCUCGGAUCAACGACACAACCAAUGACAACAUGUCCUACUCUGUGGAGGUCAGCUACAUGGAGAUCUACUGUGAGCGUGUCCGUGACCUCCUGAACCCCAAAAACAAGGGCAAUCUGCGUGUGAGGGAGCACCCCUUGCUGGGGCCUUAUGUGGAGGACCUCUCCAAGCUGGCUGUCACCUCCUACAAUGACAUCCAGGACCUCAUGGACUCAGGGAACAAGGCCAGGACUGUGGCGGCCACAAACAUGAAUGAGACCAGCAGCCGCUCUCAUGCUGUCUUCAACAUCAUCUUCACCCAGAAGCGUCACGAUGCAGAGACCAACAUCACCACGGAGAAGGUGAGCAAGAUCAGCCUGGUGGACUUGGCCGGGAGUGAGAGGGCUGACUCCACUGGGGCCAAGGGCACACGCCUCAAGGAGGGCGCCAACAUCAACAAGUCCUUGACCACGCUGGGGAAAGUCAUCUCUGCCCUGGCAGAAAUGGACUCUGGACCCAAUAAGAACAAGAAAAAGAAGAAGACAGAUUUCAUCCCCUACCGAGACUCCGUGCUGACCUGGCUCCUCCGGGAAAACCUGGGUGGCAACUCGAGGACGGCUAUGGUGGCAGCUCUGAGUCCUGCAGAUAUCAACUAUGACGAGACCCUCAGCACGCUGAGGUAUGCUGACCGCGCCAAGCAGAUCCGCUGUAAUGCUGUCAUCAAUGAGGACCCCAACAACAAGCUGAUCCGAGAGCUGAAGGAUGAGGUGACCCGGCUUCGGGACCUGCUCUACGCCCAGGGUCUCGGUGACAUCACCGACACCAACACUGUGCCUGGAGGACCCAAAUUGACCAAUGCCCUGGUGGGCAUGAGCCCCUCGUCCUCGCUCUCUGCUCUGUCCAGCCGUGCAGCCUCCGUGUCUAGCCUUCAUGAGCGCAUCCUGUUUGCUCCAGGCAGUGAGGAGGCCAUCGAAAGGCUGAAGGAAACAGAGAAGAUCAUUGCUGAGCUCAAUGAGACCUGGGAAGAGAAGCUUCGACGGACAGAAGCCAUUCGGAUGGAGAGGGAAGCGCUACUGGCUGAGAUGGGCGUGGCCAUGCGGGAGGAUGGUGGCACCCUGGGCGUGUUCUCUCCCAAAAAGACACCGCAUCUGGUCAACCUGAACGAGGACCCACUGAUGUCCGAGUGCCUCCUCUACUACAUCAAGGACGGGAUCACCAGAGUGGGCAGGGAGGAUGCAGAGAGACGGCAGGACAUUGUCCUGAGCGGGCACUUCAUCAAGGAGGAGCACUGCGUCUUCCGGAGCGACAUGCGGGGAGGCAGCGAAGCUGUGGUGACCCUGGAGCCCUGCGAGGGUGCAGAUACUUACGUCAAUGGCAAGAAAGUGACAGAGCCCAGCAUCCUGCGGUCAGGAAACCGUAUCAUCAUGGGUAAGAGCCACGUGUUCCGCUUCAACCACCCCGAGCAGGCCCGGCAGGAGCGCGAGCGCACACCCUGCACAGAGACACCUGCUGAGCCUGUGGACUGGGCGUUUGCACAGCGUGAGCUGCUGGAGAAGCAGGGCAUCGACAUGAAGCAGGAGAUGGAGCAGAGGCUCCAGGAGCUGGAGGACCAGUACCGCCGGGAACGUGAGGAGGCCACCUACCUGCUGGAGCAGCAGCGGCUGGACUAUGAGAGCAAGCUGGAGGCACUGCAGAAGCAGAUGGAGUCCAGGUACUACCCGGAGGUGGCCGAGGAGGAGGAGGAGGAGCUGGAGGAUGAAGUCCAGUGGACAGAGCGGGAGUGUGAGCUGGCUCUGUGGGCUUUCCGCAAGUGGAAGUGGUACCAGUUCACGUCCCUGCGGGACCUGCUGUGGGGCAAUGCCAUCUUUCUCAAGGAGGCCAACGCCAUCAGUGUGGAGCUGAAGAAGAAGGUCCAGUUCCAGUUUGUCCUCCUCACGGAUACCCUCUACUCUCCACUGCCACCGGAUCUGCUGCCUCCAGAGGCUGCCAAAGACCGCGAGACUCGCCCCUUCCCCCGCACCAUUGUGGCUGUGGAGGUCCAGGACCAGAAGAACGGGGCCACCCACUACUGGACGCUGGAGAAGCUCAGACAGCGUCUGGACCUGAUGCGGGAGAUGUACGACAGGGCCGCAGAGGUGCCCUCCAGUGUCGUCGAGGACUGUGACAAUGUAGUGACCGGAGGGGAUCCUUUCUAUGAUCGCUUCCCCUGGUUCCGACUGGUGGGCAGUUCAGUCAUCUCUGGCUGCAACAGCUACCCUCUUCUCAACACAUGCAUGAGCGAGCGCAUGGCUGCUCUCACCCCCUCCCCCACCUUCUCGAGCCCCGACUCCGACACCACCGAGCCUGCCGAGGAGCAGAGUGUGGGGGAGGAGCAGGAGGAGGAGGAGGAGGAGGAGGAGGACCUGGAGGACGACGUCUUUCCGGAGCGCGCGCUGUGCAACGGCCGGGACCCGUUUUACGACCGGUCCCCCCUGUUCAGUGUAGUAGGAAGGGCCUUCGUGUACCUGAGCAACCUGCUGUACCCCGUGCCCCUGGUGCACCGCGUGGCCAUUGUGAGCGAAAAGGGCGAGGUGAAGGGCUUCCUGCGUGUGGCCGUGCAGGCCAUCUCAGCUGAUGAGGAGGCGCCCGAUUAUGGCUCCGGGGUCCGCCAGUCAGGAACAGCGAAGAUCUCUUUUGAUGACCAGCAUUUUGAAAAGUUCCAGUCUGAGUCCGGCCCUGUGGUGGGGAUGUCCCGCUCAGGGACCUCCCAGGAAGAGCUGCGCAUCGUGGAGGGCCAGGGCCAGGGCGCUGACGCAGGGCCCUCGGCUGACGAGGUCAACAACAAUACCUGCUCUGCAGUACCUCCAGACGGACUCCUCCUGGACAGUCCUGAGAAAGCCGUCCUGGACGGGCCCCUGGAUGCGGCCCUGGACCACCUUCGCCUGGGCAGCACCUUCACCUUCCGUGUGACCGUUCUGCAGGCGUCCAGCAUCUCUGCUGAAUAUGCCGACAUCUUCUGUCAGUUCAACUUCAUCCACCGGCACGACGAGGCCUUCUCCACGGAGCCCCUGAAGAACACAGGCAGGGGCCCCCCACUCGGCUUCUACCACGUCCAGAAUAUUGCAGUGGAGGUGACCAAGUCCUUCAUUGAGUACAUCAAGAGCCAGCCCAUUGUGUUCGAGGUCUUCGGCCACUACCAGCAGCACCCCUUCCCGCCUCUCUGCAAGGACGUGCUCAGCCCCCUGAGGCCUUCCCGCCGCCACUUCCCUCGGGUCAUGCCGCUGUCCAAGCCAGUGCCUGCCACCAAACUCAGCACACUGACGCGGCCCUGCCCGGGGCCCUGCCACUGCAAGUACGACCUGCUGGUCUACUUCGAGAUCUGUGAGCUGGAGGCCAACGGCGACUACAUCCCAGCAGUUGUGGACCACCGCGGGGGCAUGCCCUGCAUGGGGACCUUCCUCCUGCACCAGGGCAUCCAAAGACGGAUAACCGUGACGCUGCUGCAUGAGACAGGCAGCCACAUCCGCUGGAAGGAAGUGCGGGAGCUGGUCGUGGGUCGUAUCCGGAACACUCCAGAAACUGACGAGUCCCUAAUUGACCCCAACAUCCUCUCUCUCAACAUCCUCUCCUCUGGCUACAUCCACCCAGCCCAGGAUGAUCGGCAGUUUCUUGAUUCGGACAUUCCUAGCGUGUCCUUCGGAAUUGACACUAGGACUUUCUACCAGUUUGAGGCGGCAUGGGACAGCUCCAUGCAUAACUCACUCCUGCUGAACCGCGUCACACCAUACCGGGAGAAGAUCUACAUGACCCUGUCUGCCUACAUCGAGAUGGAGAACUGCACACAACCAGCUGUCAUCACCAAGGACUUCUGUAUGGUCUUCUACUCCCGCGAUGCCAAACUGCCAGCCUCACGCUCCAUCCGCAAUCUGUUUGGCAGUGGGAGCCUGCGGGCCACAGAAGGCAACCGUGUGACAGGCGUGUACGAGCUCAGCCUGUGCCAUGUGGCCGACGCAGGGAGCCCAGGAAUGCAGCGGCGGCGCAGGCGGGUGCUGGACACGUCUGUGGCCUAUGUCCGCGGCGAGGAGAACCUAGCUGGCUGGCGGCCCCGGAGCGACAGCCUGAUCCUGGAUCACCAGUGGGAGUUGGAGAAGCUGAGCCUCCUGCAGGAGGUGGAGAAGACCCGGCACUACCUGCUUCUGAGGGAGAAGCUGGAAACCACCCAACGGCCUGGGCCUGAGGUGCUGUCCCCAGUGUCCAGCGAGGACUCGGAGUCCCGCAGCUCCUCUGGUGCCUCCUCCCCAUUGUCAGCCGAGGGCCGUCCUUCACCCCUGGAGGCUCCCAGCGAGAGGCAGCGGGAGCUGGCUGUCAAGUGCCUGCGUCUUCUCAUGCACACGUUCAACAGGGAGUACACGCAUAGCCAUGUCUGCAUCAGCGCCAGCGAGAGCAAGCUCUCAGAGAUGUCUGUUACCCUGCUGCGAGACCCGUCCAUGUCCCCUCUGGGCGCAGCCACACUCACCCCGUCCUCCACCUGCCCCUCUCUGGUUGAAGGGCGCUACGGUGCCCCUGACGUGAGGACCCCACAACCCUGCUCCCGGCCAUCCAGUCCGGAGCCUGAGCUGGUGCCUGAGGCCGAUUCCAAGAAGGCCCCCUCACCUGUCCGGGUGGCAGAGACAGACAAGGAGCCCCAGCGUCUGCUGGUCCCCGACAUCCAGGAGAUCCGUGUCAGCCCGAUUGUGUCCAAGAAGGGCUACCUGCACUUCCUGGAGCCACACACGGCUGGCUGGGCCAAGCGCUUUGUGGUGGUUCGGCGCCCCUACGCCUACAUGUACAACAGUGACAAGGACACCGUGGAGAGGUUUGUGCUCAACCUCUCCACCGCCCAGGUGGAGUACAGUGAGGACCAACAGGCCAUGCUCAAGACGCCCAACACAUUCGCUGUGUGCACAGAGCACCGCGGCAUCCUGCUGCAGGCCAGUAGCGACAAGGACAUGCACGACUGGCUGUAUGCAUUCAACCCGCUGCUCGCGGGGACCAUACGGUCCAAGCUGUCCAGGAGGAGGUCUGCGCAGAUGCGGGUCUAAGCCAAGAGCGCUUCCACCAGCCUACGGCCUGGCCCUCUGUGUCCAGUCUGUCCUGUCAUCUGCCAUCCCGUCCUUCCCCACCAGGAGGCGCCCUGCUGGGCCCCACAACCCCUCUGGCUGGGCCUGGGCACAGAAGGUGGUGGCUCCAGGCAAAGCUGCACAUGCUCUUUUCUUCUUCCAAAACCACUGGGGAGAGAGUUGGGAUGUGUAAAAAGGCCAGAGGGCACAGACCAGGAGUCGCUGCUGCUGCUCUCCUAUUUUUUUAAGUAUAGACAGACUUAUAAUUAAUAUGUUAGUUAGUGAUGUUCAGACAGUCCACUGAGAAAUUAACUAUAAGACUCUGUACUAUUUAUAAGUAUUUAUUUCUAAUGCCUCAUAGCCCUGUGAGAUUCAGAUGUCCGCACCCUUGUCCUGUGCCCGCCAGCCUGCCAGGGGCAGAAAUAGGGGACGCCCCUACCCAGACCAGGCUUCUCAGAGGACAGGGCCUGUGGCACAUGGGGUCUGCAGGUGCCUGAGCCUGGUGGGUGGAUCCCAAGGUGGACACUGAGGGCACUUCCAGUAGAUUGAGGAUGAGCUAGUCCGAGACCAGGCACAGGGACAGUCCUGGGCAGGGCCAGGGAGGUUGGGGUCCUCAUGGGAGUGUCCAAGCCAGGGGGCCAGGCUCCUGGGCCAGGUGCAGGGCUGAAGGGUACAAUGGCAUUAAGAGUGAGGGCCCCAGCUGGGCGUGGUGGUGCAUGCCUGUAAUCCCAGCACUGGAGGCUGAGACAGGAGGAUUGCUGCAA